AUGUUGUACCGUGGCGUGGCGCUGACAUGGCUGGCCAGCUGGCUACAGGAUCGCGUGUACGAAGCCGGCCUGGACGAGGUGCUGACGUACGAGCUGCCGGCAGUGGCGGCGGCGCUGGGAGUGCUGCCGCAGGACUUGUACGACGCGGCGGCAGAGCUGGGCGUGUACGGCGCUUGCGAAUGUGCCGUCGCCGCCGGGGUGGCAGCUUUCGUAGCGUGGUCUGUUCUGUCACGCUCACGCCGAGCAGCGAAGAGGCUAGAAACGCUAAUGGGCGUGGUGGCGUCGUCGUCGCCGUCGCCGUCGGCAGGACGAGCGUCCGGCGGCGCCGGCGGUGGCACCAAAGCCCCAGGGCGCAACGGCGGCGGCGGCGCCGCUGCCGCCGCCGCGCAGGUCCUGAUCGGUCCAGGGGGCCCUGGACUGGCCGGUGCCUCCAAUGCCGCGGCUGUCAUGCGCCGCGCGGCGGCCAUUCAAGCUGCGCGCGACGUGCUUCAGGUUUUGGUACUCAACGGUAUCCUGAUCGCGUCUGGUGGCAACUUAGCUGCGUCGUACACCGCCGCUGUGCUGAAUCAGCUGAUCAUCAGUACGAUGCAGCGUCGAGGCGCCAAUAGGAUGCGUGAGAGGAGCGUCGCGCUGGCUCGCGAGUUGCGGGCCUACAAUGCUCAGAUGCAGCAGAUCGCUUCCAAAUACAAAGACAAGCUUCCCAAGACAUCGGCAAAUGGGCUAUUUCUGGUUUCGGGAACGGGUCUAAGAACACUGUCUUCCGAUAGAAUUUCCGUUACAACUAUCAAGAUCAGCAAGAAAACGGUCAUGGCCCGCGACCUGUUUUGGCGAAGGCCGAAGGCGACACGCCGUCUCUGGGCCCUUUCGAGGGUGAAGCGGGGGUGA